UUCGCGACACUUCGGCGCCGCUCCGCUCGGGCCACGCGCGCAACAGCCACCGAACGAUACGAAAAUAUUCGCUGGCGGAUUUCGCGACUCGCUCGCUCUCUCUCUCUUUCUUCGCGUCCCGCUCUCUUUCUCCUCCGUCCGCGGUACGGAAGUGACCCGCUUCUUCCUCUCGGCGUGUUCUAACCGCUCACCGGCUCUCUUCUUCGUUGUUUCCGCGUUCUCCCUUUCUCGACUUCGUGUUUUCUUUUUGGAGUGCGCUUCGUGCCGCAUUUGUUCCGGCGUUCUUGUGCCCCCACCCUAUUUUUUUUUGUUUUCCUUACGCCCAGCUGUGCCUUUUCGCUCUACGAAGAGACUUGCUAACGCGAGUGACAUAGAAAUACACAGACGCGGGAAAUAAUAUUUUCUGUGAGACUUUCCAAACACGGUUAGGCACCCGAGUGUUGUGUUGACUCUGGAAACAGACUAGCGCAUAUUAUAUUGCGCGCCGAGCUCGUAACGUAUGUGUGAGUGAGUGUGUGCGUUUCUUCACGACGGAUGUGACUCUGCUCUUGCAGCGACUGCGGAAGAUGAACAAACACAUCAUUGCUGUGCGGGGCUCUAUGUAGAAUAUUUAUAGACGCGCUACAAAUAACCCCUGUCUGCGAGUUAUUCGCGGCAAGAAGACAAUGAACAAAGCGCCUGAAGAAGUUCCCAAAUAUCCGGUUGAAACGUCUGUCUCAGAGAUUACUUCAAGGACAAAUAUGGCACAACGAGUGUAAACUAGCGCAAUCCAAUGAAGACGAGAAAACAUAGAAAAGGAACCGGAAUAUGGACUACAUGCUGUCGCAUUUCUUCGCAAUUUGAAGUGAUUCGAGUGUUUGCUUCGCCACCGGCGACGAAUGUGAAUAACCGUUGCAUUUCAUUUGCUGUUGAUCGACAGUGAGAAGAAACUUUUCGUUUCAACUGGGACGUGCCGCCGUUUCAUUAGCCGAGAACUGACAGACAGAGAUAAAACUGGUUCUCGGUAUUGUUGACCUUCGCAAUUGCACGUGUCAUAGACUGAAAAGUUACGUAAAUUCUGAGAAUAGCAUCGGAGAGUGUGUCUCAUUGAAGCAGUAAAUGUGUCGGACUGUUCGUUGCAGACAAGAGGACGUAUUAUAAUACAGGAGUGUUCAGUUGCUCAUACUUCUGUGGACAGUGAAACCUAACUCAGGGCCCCUUUACAACUUUUAUUGGAUCUGUCCCUUUCUGUGUGCUAUCUCCGGAGUUCGGCGAUUAAGUGGGCGUGUUAUCAGUUAAGCGUUUUUCCCGAUGGAUGGGUGACGUAAGAGUUUUGGCGAAGUACGCAACAGCUGAAACUCAUCGGUCAACAACGGUGCCGCCAUUUUAGUUGGACACUCGAAAUACUGGAAGCUGAAUUUUUCUACAAGGAUGCAGUUGAGUGGAAGAAGCAAAGCCACGAACAGAACAAGCUGCAAACAUACAAACUUCUUCCAGGAUUGCCAUAUGAAAUUUAUUCCCCGCAAUUUUGUGAUGUUCAGAAUUUGCUAACAACAAAAUAUUGAGUACUGUGUGCAUGAAUUUUUAAGACUUGCGAGAAAGUUGUUCAGCAACAGUGGGACGACAUUAGCCAUGUGAAAUUGGAUAUUUCUUGUUGUCGUGAUCACAUUGUUUGCCUAAUGGACCGUUAUUCUCGUAAGUAGUAAUGUUCACAAAACUAUAGCUGAACUUCUGUAGUUAGAGUGUUAGAUAGAGAAUGAUGCAGUACAAGUGAUUUUUUUGUGAUAGCAAUGCACAUAGCCAAAGUUUAAUUUCUAGUCUGUUUUUCUGUCGUGCAUGUGACGAUUUUUUCACGUUUUACAACUACAUCGCACCGUGUUAAACUUACUGUGGUCUUUUUUAUGCAAUACUGUGUUGAGAAUGUCCAUCACGUAGUUAUUUUGGUGUGCACGUAUUUAAUAAAGUACAUAGAGAAACAAUACGCACAGAAGAGCAUCCUAGUGCCUUAGCUAAUAAUAAAGAGUGAGAUUUUUUCAGUGAUCACUUUAUGGCAGAAGUACUUUCCGCAAAACUGAGAGAUGGUUGUGUGUUUUAGUGGUAUAAGUGAGUUAUUGUUAUUGAGAGCAGUUUGGUUCCGUUAUUUGUGAGUAAUUAUUAGCGUAGUUGCUGUUUCGAAAUUCGUUGGUCGACUGAUUUGUAAAAUUCAGGACAGCUACUGGAACUUACGAAGUAAAGAAACAUGACGCUUUCAGAGCAAAUUCAGGGACAGAGGAGGUCCUCGAAAAAGUCUAAGAACAAGGCGCAGGCGUCGGCUAACACUACGGCAGCCGCAACAAAUUCAAACCCGCGAACGAAGCCAGAGGCGCAACAAAAGAAGGCGCGCAAGUCAGGCGCGGGCAACACAACGGCUGCAGCUGCGGCGGCCGCGGCCAAAGAUCCCAAGCGCGACAGACGUUCCACUCCGCCUGCAACCAGAGAUGCUGCAGCCGAAGGCAGGGCCGGCGCAGAUGCUACGACAGCGUCGGGCUCCGGUCUGCAGGGCAGGGACAGAGGUCUGAGGGGCAGCUUUAAGGCGCUGAGGAGAUCCACCGAAGACCUGUCUAAUGCGGCGACAGCCAUCAAGAAGACGAUCGGCAACUUCGUGAGGAGUUCGCCACUGAGGAGGAGUUUCAGCUUCGGCCGGGACCUCAACAAGGUGGGCGGCCUCAAGAAGACUGCGUGGUCAGCGUCGCUCCAGUCCCUCCAGGAGGACGUGCCGGAAGAGGAGGCGGGUGCCGGCAGGUUCCUCGUCGACGACAAGAGGGACAGCUUCAUAGAGGACGAGGAGGACGCGGAGCUGAUGAAGGAGCAGAGGGCGCUGGCGAAACCCACCGAUGCCAUCGUCGGUGUGCCCACCAAAGACCUGGAGUUCAAGACACGCAGUCUGGUCAUUGAGGACUCUGGAGCCUACAGCAAGGAUCCGGAAUUCCAGGACUUGUCGGAGGUGUCGAGGAGGAGGACGCAGUCGUACAGUGCGGUCCAGAGGGUGGGGCUGCUGGAGCCCAGCGAUGAGGCGGACACCAUGCUGCGCUCUCGGAAUCACCGGCCGCACUCGCUGUCUGCGUACCAUUUGGCUGGAGAACGGGGCAAUCCCCUGGAACUGGAACGACUCCUGCCUGCGAGAUCGACAGCGACUCUUCCAGCGAAAAAACCGAUGCGGCAGAAUUCGGAAUCCAGCACAGUCUUCUCCAGGGGCUUCUGGCACGACAUCUUCUCCAAGGGCCGUUCGCUGUCGCUGAGCCACAUCGAGCAGGCCGGGGUGGAGCAGGAGCGACCCACCGCCCACGCACCCAGCAGCAGCGCCGGGCUCUCGCCGGCGGCGCGCGCCGCCCAGCCAGGCAUGUGCGUCUCACUGGGCCCGGGAUUCCCCAGCCAGGGCUCUGGGGUUCCCCCGGCGGCCAUGUCUGCGCCGGCCGCGUCGCCCGCUGCCGCCUGCCUCGACGUGCCAGGGGCGGACGGCGGGGCUGGGGGCGAGCCGCCGCCCCCAGGGCAGGCCCCCGAUAAGGCGUCCGGCGCCAGCGUCUCCACCGUCACCUCGUUCGUCGGUAGCAGCCGCAGACACCGCCUCGUCCGGUCGCAGGUGAACAGCUCCGAGUACUUCAGCGUGAGCUUCGAGCUGCCCAGCGGCGCGGACGCGGGCCCGGACGAGUUCGUCGCGGCGUGUCGCGGCGUCACGCUAGCAGAGGCGCUGCAGGCGUCGUGCAACCGACGCGGCGUGGACGUCAGCGCAGUGAGCGUCUCAGUGGACGAUGCCCGGACGCCACUGACUGCCGACACAGCCACCCUUGCUGGACGUCACAUCAGGGUCAGAGUUCGCGACGCACAGAGUCCCACGAGGAGUUCCAGCAAAGACUCCAGCGCUUCCUCGGCGCCGCUGCUCAAAAGCGUUUCGGAGCAGAGCUACGACCGCGGCUGGUCUUCCGGGCGAUCCUUCUUCAGCGUGAGCACCGAUGAAGGCGGCGACCAGGAGGCGGCGCCCAGCCGAGCCGACAAGGGCGUCGCCAGCGUCCGGUCCCAGGGCUCGUCCUCCAAGCAGCGCUGGAGCAGCCUCUUCGGGAACUCCAAGGACACGAAGAUGGAGGCGCUGGUGGAGCAGCUGAAGCAGUACUCGGAGAGUGGCAUUCCCAGGCACGUCCGCGCAGACCCAGAUGAGUACGAGACCCACCGUGAGGAGUUGGAGCAGAUGGGCAGAGGCGACUGGCGGGAGCUGCUGUGCGGCGGCGGCGCCGAGCUGACGGAGCGCCGGCGGCAGCAGCAGGCGGCGCUGUGGGAGCUGCUGGCGACCGAGGCCGCCUACGUCCAGGUCGUACACGUCGUCACCAGGCUGUUCCUGGCGUGCCUGCGCUCCCUGCAGGGCUGCGGCCUGCUCGUCGAGGUCGACGCCGGCCGGCUCUUCUGCAACGUGGAGGCGGUCGCGGCCGCCAGCCUGCAGUUCUGGGUUCGACACCUGGCGCCCGCCGUCGCCAGCGCCCGGCACCGCUCGCUGCCGCUCGACCCGCUGCACCUCAGGGACGGCUUCCUCAGGUUCCACGAGAUCUUCCAGCCGUACACCCGGUACUGUGCGGAGCAGCUCAACUGCCAGGCCUACUGCCGGGAGAUGUGCCGCAAGGACGAGCUGUUCGCCGCCUACCUGGCCUGGUGUGAGGCGCAGCCAGCGUGCGGCCGCCUGAGGUUGGCAGACCUGCUGGUGAAGCCAAUGCAGCGCCUCACCAGAUACUCUCUGCUGCUCAGGGCGGUUCUCCGGCACACUGACGACGAGCACCAUGCCACCGCCCUGGCCCGGAUGAUAACGAGUGUUGACGAGUUCGUCAACAAUGUGAAUUCCUCACUGAAGACGAAACAGGACAACGAGAAGCUGAAGGCCCUCAUAGCGAGGAUCGAAUCCUACGACGUUGUGGAGGCGGUCAAGGACGAAGAGCUGGAGCGGCUGGUGCGCGUGCACUCCCAGCUGGACCUGACGGGCCCCAUGCCUGGUUGCCACGUCUCGCAACCCCGGCAGCUGCUUCUCGAGUCCGACCUCAAACUGCGCGAGGGCGCUGCCUCCAAGACGGACGUGCGGUGCGUCCUGGUGACGGACGCGCUGCUGGUGUGCAAGCCGGCCGGGAGGCGGCGCGGCUCGGCCUCCAGGGCGGGGGCGGCGCUGCGGGUGGUACGUCCGCCCUACCUGGUGGAGCGGCUGCGCGUGGCAGAGCUCCCCUCCGGCCUGGGCGUCGCCGUCGUCUACCUGAGCGAGUGGCGCACCGCCGUGCACGCCUUCACCCUCUCCAGCAACGACCCCAGGACCGUCCGGGUUUGGGUGGAGGCAGUGCAGCGCGCGCAGGACCUGUACGCGACGGCGCGAAUGGCCUGGUCUCCGGCGCCACAGCUGUCUUCCCCAGUCGGGGCGGCGCCGCCCCUGCCUCUUUCCCACGUGGGGGUGGCACAGCAGCAGCAGAUGGGGGCGGCAGAGCCGCAGCCGGAGUGGCCAGGGGCGGCGACGGGGGCGGCAGCGGGGGCGGCAGCCGAGGCGAUGCCGCACAGCCCCCGGCUGGAGUCCAGUAGGAGCAGCCGCCUCUCCAGCCUGGCACACUCGCACAGCAGCUCACUGGAGAUGAACGAGGCGUCUUCGCUGAGCAGCGCAUCGCAGUCGCAGUCUCGUGAGGCCAGCGUGGACAUCAACCGCGGCUCCAGCGUCAGCUCUGACGAGGGCCUGCUGAUGCCCCAUUCCACGACAGCCACUGGAGACUCCAGGCAGGCCACCUCGCCCAGGACUGACAGGAGGUCCCGCCUGCUGUCGCCGACCCCCAGCUCGCUGUGCCUGCUGCAGCCGCCCAGCUUCCAGUCGGGGCUGGGCCAGUCGCUGCCCAACCUCACGCUGAGCUCCAGCCGGGGCACGGACACGGUGCUGGCCUCGCGCAGCGUCACGCCCACGCCCAGGUCGUCGCCGGCCGCAGCCGGACCUGCCACCGCCGGCGGCUCCCCGGUUCUGGGCCAGAGCCCGCCGGCCUCGCUGCUCCUGGUUCCCGGACAGGGCCACGGGGCCAUCCGGAAGCAGCGGCACGCCCAGCCGCAACACCUUCUCAGCCCCGGACACAGAGGUGUGUCUUACCCACCGCCCAGUCCAUGCCGGGGGUCCCUGCAGCGCGCAACGCCCGUGCCACAGUCUCGGAACCCUCCACUGGUGAAGACUGGUCAUGUGGCCAGCGUGGGCAGUAUAGGGCUCCAGCACACGCCACCACCACCACAGCGAUUCUCCGAUCUCGAAGUGCCACUUAUAGCAGGUGUUUCACCGCCAAGUGACGAGAAGCCGUCACCGGGAGAUUACCCUGCUGAAGAUGGCAGAGGACCGCCGCAACAGCUACUCCAAUCUCCAGGCGCUGGUCCCGUCGAUGUCGGUGCCACUGGCGCCGCUGAUGGCGGCAACGGCAAUGGCAAGAGACCCGGCCGCACCGACAACCGGAGGUACAAGACUGCCGGGGCCAUAGACGACAUCAAGAAACAGGAGUCGCGCGACUGCAGCAUCCACAAGAGGCUGUCCUGGAACUGCGGCCGCCAGCAGCAGCAGCCGGGGGCUGCGGGGGCGGCGGCGGCCGUGGGGGCGGGCAGUGGGGGCGGCAGCCAGGAGAGCGUGCGCUCGUCCAGCGGCGUCAGCUCCGGGGGCAGCGCCGGCUGCCUACUGCCGCAAGGUGCGGAGCCGGUGCAGGAGGUGGUGUAUGAGUGGCGCCGUGCGCCCUCGUGCCCAUCUCAGCCACAGCCCCAGGGGCAGCGCCAGCUGUACCUGGGUACAGGGGGCUACUACCCCCAAGGGGGGACACCUCCACUCUCUCCCCGGGCUGUGCCCCUAGAGGCUGUCAACGUCGAGAUGGUGCACCCUGCGAGAACUCCCGAGUCCAGCCAAGGUGCGAGUGGGACUCCGACACCAAGGGCAGCGACACCAUCGCCGACGCCGCUGGAGCACCAGCACCACCACCACCACCGCCACCAGCACCACCAGAGGAGGCCACCCGGUGGACUGCAGAGGAUGAAGGACGCCAUUGUCAUGGAUUCCCCCAUUGAUGGCUCGAAUGUCUGAUGACCAAUCUGGAAAUACCUCUACAGUAUUUUAUUCGACUGCAAGAUCAGCAGAGUGAGGAAAGUUUGGAAACAUUGUGUGACAUUGCACCAAGGGUGGACACUGUUGCAGCAAGACAUGGUGACAUGGUGUCUGUCUUUUUACAAAGUGUACUCAUUUUUAUUCUUUAGAAAUGUAAUGUAAGACAGGUGCUUUCUAGCUGUAAAAGGAAAUGUUUCUGCUCAGGAUUCACUUUCUGAUGUCCUCUGAUUAGUGUAGAACCUUGCACCUAAUACUGUAUAAACAUUUCUGAUAGUGCAUCGGUAACCUACUGUGUGCAUAUAUUCUGUGAAUUAGUGACUGAUACGAGGUAAACAGGAUUGGUUCUAAGAACACACAGUAUAUUAAGUUCUUCCUGAUGCUGUGAUUUUGAGUUCCACUUGGCUUUAACACUAUCAGCCUUAAAUGAGAACUUGAAACAUGUACAAUAAUGUCACCGCAAAUGGAAAAAUUAUGAUGAGUAGUAGGCCAGAUGGCCUGUUGCUGUAUUUCUGUAUUAGGUGGUUCAUAGUAUUUUUAUCUUUUAUAUUGCUCUUUACAUAUGCUGUUGUGCACUGUCAGACUUUUUUUUAUUAGUUUUUGGCUAUGAAAUGGGUGCCAUAUAUGGCAUACUUUCUCCUAUACCAAAAGACAAGAAUGUUUUAGCUGCAGCUUGCAGUAUGUAGAAAAUGUUUGUGAUGAGUAGGAUGAUAUAUUAAUUCUGAAAUGAACUGUAGUGUACAAAGAGAAACCUAACCUGAUAUUCAAUGCAGUAUGAAAACCCUGUCCAUCUAUUUUGGAAAUGAACUACCACAAGCUAUUUAACUAUACAUGUUCAUUUCGUGUGUCACUGUACUUAAUUAUGGGGACCAUAACAUUGAAAAACUUUUUGGGAUACAAAAGAGGUUGUGUGGUGCCCUCAAAUAGUCUUUUUUUCUAAUACAACGAGAAACAUAUGGAGCAAAUUAAUAUAAUGUCUGUACACUAUGUGUCUGUAUAAACGCCUAAGCGCAUAUGUUGUCGCAAGACGAUGACUUCUUCUGAACGUUUGGCCUUAUAAUCUUGGACCAAGAUACCAGAUCAUUAUUGCAAAUAUUUACAAACAGUAUUUUAAAUUGUAUGUGUACUCUAGCAGUAUUAUGUGCACAAAUUAGUUAUUUACAACUCAAUGUUUACUCUUGUAGGGAAACAUAGAUAGCUGUUAAAAAUUGUUAACGUUCUUCUCUUGUUGUUACAUUUGUGUAUAUAGACUUUUCAGUCACUCUACCCUUACUUGUGAAUUUGCAAGACUUGGUAGUUUUAUGGUGAACAACAGUUUACAUUCUUAAACAUCAUUGAACUGUAAAUUUGUACUAAUUUUGCACUGGGAAAAUUCUAUUAUUCCAUUUCCUUCUUAAUACUGGUAUUCUUUUGAUGGGGGACACUGAAUUUAUUUCUCUCCAUGAGGAGCAACAGCCAGCAAAAUGCAGUCAGAAAGUUGUAUGUUUUAAAUAUUUACAUGUCUAGAAGUAGUAUGUUUUAGUCAAAAAUUUGAUAUGUGAGCCAUUUUGGCAAAUAAGCUGAGAUUGCAUUAGUUCACUUAUAUAAUAUUGUAAAAAUUUUUUAGUCAUUGUAGUUUUUUAUUUUAGUUUAAGGUUCUAAAUGUGUGUUCAGACCUAUUUUGUUAGUAAAUCAAAAUAUCGGGACCCACAAAGUUCAUUUAGGUAAAAAUGUCAGGUACUGCAAUCAAUCAGCUUUUACCGAAUGGAACAUCUAGUGCAAUGAAAUGUCUAGUCCAAUUAAAUCAUGAACACAUAAUAAAUGUCAGUAAGUCUUCUUAACCACAUAAUGUAAAAACCCUGAAUGUUCUGUAUAUUUAGUUACUGUAGGUUUUACCUUAAAUUUAAUGAGCAGAUCUAGUGUAUCUUACAAGGAAUUAUAUGAGAAACAUUGUUUUGUAAGUCAAACUUUGUGGACUCAAAUGUUUGGAUUAAGUAGAUUUUGAUGACCGAUAAGAUUUAGUGACAAAAACGAAAAAUAUUAUGUCAAAUAUUAAAUUUUAUUUUAGCAAUAUUUUAUAUACAAUGAAAAAUAUAAUCUCAUUUUUAAUUAUACUAUAUUUUGACAUUGCUUCUGUGACGGCAACCACUUAAUAAUUAAAGAAGCAUAUGGCAUCUGUUAUAGACUUCAUGCAAACGUUUAUUUGUAGAAAUUCACCAUGAUACUGUCAAAUGGACUUCACAUUUCCAAUUUCAAUUGUAAAAUACUAACUGCAUGUGUCCUCUUUUUCUGUGCACUUUAUUGAUUCGAUAUUUCAUAUUACUCUAGUGUAGUUGCUUUAACUAACCACUUGAUAUAUCAUGUAAUGUUUCUCAGUUGUGCUGCAAGAUAAGUCAUUAUGAUAAUAAUAACGGAGAAACUGAUUGAGUUUGAGGAGCUAUUACGAAGAACUAAAUGCAAGAUUUUUACCUGAAGAUAUAAAACCAAGCCCCUGAAAUGUUUUGUGACAAAUGUAUGCUAAAUAUGGAAAUAAGUUGUGGUAUGUUUCUGUCAGUUGUUAGUAAAAUCAAAGAUAUAGACUGUACAAAUAUGAUGAAACAGGUAUUCGUACAUUUUUAUGUUGUUGAUUUCAGUAAGACCAAAGUUUUUUGCUCUUCAGAUAUGACCCUCUUGUCCAUGCAGAAAUUUUGUUUCAUAUACAACAUGUGCACAAUACAAGCAUGUAGCCAAUUCCCAUUGUUCUCAGUAGAGUGUCCAUGUAAAUCCACUAGAACAUAAAGAACUGCAGAAUUCUUGUUGUUGCUAAUGAAGACAUAUCCCUAUUCCAAAAUAGGAACAUUAAUAGCUCUUAUGUCUCAUGUGAUUAAAUUAGGAGUUGAGAUGAAUAAGACAGGUGCACAUAUCCCCUAUCCGCUUAAGUCAAGGUCUCCACAACCAUUACCUUUCUCAUGCUUUCAUCUUUGGUGUUUCAGUAUGAAGUGAAUAUAGAGUUUUGAAUGACAUCUGUUACAGUUCUGAUUUCCUAUUAGGGGGCUGAUGAUGGUGUACUUCUGACAGUUAUUUGGUUGGAAGAGAGACUUGAUGUACCGCUGACAUUGCAUGAUUUUUUUGUGAUGCUGCUGCACAUCUCAUACGUGUUUUUGCAUCCCUGAGACACUGACAUCAUUAACACUAUUUUGUUGUGACUACGAAGGCUUUCCCGGCGUAAUAAUUGAUAAUAUUCUUCUCGGGUAUGCAGCCGGAUCAUAACGUCUUCAAGACACAAUAUUUCCGCGGUCCACCACCCAAGAUUAGAGCGCUCCUUGGCUCUGUUAAGGAUGACUUGGGUUUGAGGAAGCCCGGUGUGUACAAGAUCCCUUGCCACUGUGGCAAGGCUUAUAUUGGUCACACAAUCCGGACCAUUCAGGAGCGAUGUGUUGAGCAUCAG